CCUACGCGAUAACAAAGUGCCCCACAACCUCUCUCUCUCUCUCUUCAUCGUCUGUGGAAAAAUUUAUCAAAUCUCAAUCCCCAUUGGAGUUCCCUUGGUCACCAUCGUCUUCCAUGGAUCGGUUCAGAGCUUCUGCGAAUUCAUUCCUGUCUCAGUUCGAACCUCUCACUCUCGUUCUCUCUCCUCUUCUCUCUCUCCUCACAGCCUGGAUUCUCCACUCCUUCUUCCGUGUUGUUCGCGACAAAGGCCUCAAACCAACUCUUCUAGGGUUCUUCAUCAACUCCAUCAAGUUGGUACCAGGUGUGAAGAGUUACAUUGCUGCUGAGAAGCAAAAGGUAGUAAAUCAGUUGCAAUCUGGUAGCAUAUCUAAAAGGGAUGGUUGGAGGUCAGAGUUGCCAAGAGCUGGCUUAGGAGUAGGAGUCUUAGACAACAUGAAAGAUGAAAAAAGGAAAGACGUGUCUUGGCAAGGAAAAUGUUCUGGUACAGUAUACAUUGCAGGAAGUGAGGCUGAAGGACAUUUUUCUUUGAUAAAUGAGGCAUGUUCAAUGUUUGCACAUACCAAUCCACUACACAUGGAUGUGUUCCAGAGUGUUGUACGAUUUGAAUCUGAAGUGGUUUCAAUGACAGCUGCACUACUUGGAGGUAAAGAAAAAGCUUCUGGGGGACAGGUAUGUGGAAACAUGACAUCUGGUGGAACCGAAAGCAUAUUAUUAGCUGUGAAAUCAUCACGUGACUUUAUGAAAGCUAAGAAGGGAAUAACAAGACCAGAAAUGAUAAUACCUGAAUCUGCACACUCGGCUUAUGACAAAGCUGCACAAUAUUUCAACAUCAAGUUGUGGCGUAUCCCUGUUAACAAAGAAUUUAUAGCAGAUGUGGGAGCUAUCAGGCGACGUAUAAACAGAAACACCAUCUUGAUUGUUGGAUCUGCUCCUGGGUUUCCACAUGGCAUCAUUGACCCUAUUGAGGAGCUUGGUGAAUUAGCUUUCAGCUCUGAAAUCUGCUUUCAUGUUGACCUGUGUCUUGGAGGAUUUGUAUUGCCUUUCGCUCGUAAACUUGGGUACCCUAUUCCGCCUUUUGAUUUUUCUGUCAAAGGGGUUACCUCAAUAUCAGCGGAUGUGCACAAGUAUGGGUUGGCUCCCAAAGGAACUAGUAUAGUCUUAUACAGGAAUCACGAUAUUCGGAAGGUAAGUAAUUAGUUCAUUUCACUUCCCCCUCACCCCCUUCAUUUUUUUAAAUGUUGAUUUUACUUUUGCGAUUUGGUGAAGGGAGGCAGUGUGUUGUGGCUCAAUUUAAACAUGUGUCUCUCUCUAGAUGUGACGAAUCGGCCUGAUUUUUUCUUUGUUUGAGCUUGUUCCAUGUUGGUUAAUUUAUAACCUCCAAAACUAGUGAAUGAGCUUGGGUGGCCUCUCCACUUAUUGCCAUUUGCUUUUGAGUUAUAUGCUUUUAAUAUGGUAUCAGAGCUAGGCUUUCAGAGGCAUUUGGAUAAGACUCUCUUUAUUGAUUGCCCCAUUGUUUGUUCCAUACUGCACCUAGCUUGUUUUGUUAUGAUUCCAAUUAUCCUUUGUUUACGUCUCCAUGUUUGGGUCAGGGGUCACGCGUGCGGGGUAUUGUUUGAGUUGGAUGCUUUAACUUUCUUCAUAACUGGUCCCGUAUGUGAAACCGAAAUAAAUACAAGUUUUGUAAUACCUUGUGAUCUGUUCUGUUGCUGGGCCAAACAAAUCUCUUACUUUGGGCAAUAUAAUUAAUUGGAAUCGUAGGGGAAACAUUUCUCAUAGUUUUGAUAGCCUGAUCAAUCAUCAUGGUAUUUUUGGCUUAUAGUCCCAUAGUCAGUAUUCGUCUAAUGAGGAUACAUUCUGAAUCCACGCUCUAUGCCAAUUUCACCGUUCAAUUAUAAUGUCUUCUCAGAUCAACAAAAAAAAAAAAGCAAAAAAAAAAACUGUAUUGUCUUUAAU